CGUCUGUUAGUCCGGGAGAUCGCAUCGGCUGGCUGCCGACGGUACCGAUACUGACGGUACUAACACCGACGGUACCGAGAAGUCAACAUUUAGGAAUACAAGUCAGGGACGUGUUCAUUUUGGUCCACGUUCUUGGCCUUUAUUUGUGUGGCCUGAGAAGCGACCAUAUUGGGAGCAUUAAUUAAUUGGGGUCAUUCCCGUUGUUUGUUUCUGACGCUGGGAGGAAGUUUCUUUUACCGGAAUGAAGUCUGGCACAGAAACGGAUCCGUUGACCUUGUUCUGUGGUCUGCUGCUGUGUGUCUCCGCGACCUGCCCUCGGCCCGCACAUGGAGAAAUUUGUGGUCCCAGCAUUGACAUUGGUAACGAUAUCAGUGAGUUCCGUCGCCUGGAGAACUGUACGAUCGUCGAGGGUUACCUCCAGAUCCUCCUAAUAGGAGACAAGAACUACAACCUCAACCAGGAAGUGUUCCGCUCGCUCUCCUUCCCCAAACUCACCAUGAUCACUGACUACUUGCUGCUGUUCAGAUUACUAUUCAGCUGGAUCACUAAGAACUGA